AUGGCUCCGUCGAUUCGUGUUAUCGGUUCGCUGAACGUGGACAUGGUCUCCGUGACCCCUCGGUUCCCCGGCCCUGGAGAGACGCUGACGGCAACAUCCUUCACGACCAGCCCAGGAGGCAAAGGAGCUAAUCAAGCCGUUGCCUGUGGCCGCCUAUCUCGAUCCCGACCUUCUUCAUCCUCUCCCUCGGAUGUGCUGGCUAACGUCGAGAUGGUUGGCGCAGUCGGCAGGUUAGACGCACAUUUCAGCACUUUGCUACAACCGACGCUCUCCAGCUCCGGCGUUAGCACAGAACGAGUACGGACGAUAGACGAUGAACAUACGGGUGUAGCUGUGAUUAUUGUUGAUACCUCUGCUGCUGGGGAGAAUAGGAUACUGUUUUCACCAAAUGCAAACUACACUGGCAUGAAACCUACGGAUGAAGUGAUUCAGCAGUCACUAUCAACUCCCUUACCAGACAUUAUUGUCCUACAGGCGGAAAUUCCAAUUGAUACGGUUAUCGGUAUCCUGAGAGGGGUGGCAGCUAAGAGAAAACUUCAAAAGGGAGAUGUUGAGGUCGUAUUCAACCCUGCUCCAGCACCCGAAGGCGGGCUACCAGAUGACGUGUACGCAUCUGUUGACCAUUUGAUCAUGAACGAGACGGAGUGUGAGUUGAUGGCGCCCAAGGAGUUACGGGAUAAUAGCCUCACUCAAGAAGACCGAAGAAACAAAAUUGCUAUUCACUUCCAUGCUCUUGGUGUACGGUAUGUUAUCGUCACACUCGGAGCCAAGGGGGUCUGGUACAGUGCCGCUGAGCCUGGUAAGGCUGCUCAGCAGGACAUGGGCAAGUGGCUCAGAUCUGUCAAUGAGGUCCCGGCCUCGAAGGUGGAAAAGGUUGUUGAUACCACGGCCGCAGGUGAUACGUUCGUUGGUGGUUACUCUGUUCAGAUUGCACAGUGGAGAGAACAGAGGAGGGCAACGGGAAAGACUUGUUUGGGUCUGGAAGUAGAUGAAUGGAAGGAUAGACACGGAAAGGUGACUGAGGAGGCUGUUAGAUGGGGGACAAGGGCUUCUGCAAAAUGUGUCCAGCAAUCUGGGGCGAUGGAUAGCAUCCCAUUCAGGGACGAAAUUUAG